GUGUAGCACUGUCCCAGCACUGCUUCCCUGCUGUCACUCAGGGAAGCCUCCGCCCAGCAGCUCCACAGCCAAGCGGACUCCUUCCAGGUUCCACCCGCGACAAGGGGCUGCAGGAAUGACCGACAAUAUCCCUCUACAACCCGUGAGGCGACCGAAGAGACACGACAGUAAACACAGAAAUGGGUGCUGCCCGUGGUCGAGAUGCUGUGGCAUGGGUGACUUCCGUCCCCGCACCGUGUGGCUCGGCCACCCAGAAAAAAGGGAGCAGAGGUACCCCAGGAAUGUCAUUAACAACCAGAAGUACAACUUCUUCACCUUCCUGCCUGGGGUGCUGUUCAAUCAGUUCAAGUACUUCUUCAACUUGUACUUUUUGCUUUUGGCCUGCUCUCAAUUUGUCGAGGAGUUACGCUUAGGUGCUCUCUACACCUACUGGGUCCCUCUGGGUCUUGUUUUGAUCAUUACCAUCAUGCGAGAGGCAAUUGAAGAAAUUAGGUGCUACCUUCGAGACAAAGAAGUGAACUCUCAGAUUUACAGCAAGCUUUCAACAAGAGGCACCGUGAAGGUUAAAAGCAGCGGCAUUCAAGUCGGUGAUCUAAUAAUUGUGGAAAAGAACCAGCGUGUUCCUGCUGACAUGAUCUUUCUAAGGACCUCUGAAAGAAAUGGCUCCUGUUUCCUGCGGACUGACCAGCUGGAUGGAGAGACGGACUGGAAACUACGCCUCCCAGUGGCCUGCACGCAGAGACUACCAACUGCUGGCGACCUUCUCCAAAUCAGAUCAUACGUGUAUGCAGAAGAGCCAAACAUUGAUAUCCACAACUUUAUCGGAACCUUUACCAGGGAAGAUGGAGACCCACCAGUUAAUGAAAGCCUCAGCAUUGAAAACACCCUGUGGGCGAGCACUGUUAUUGCCUCUGGCACAGUGGUGGGGGUCGUGAUUUACACAGGCAAGGAGCUGCGCAGUGUCAUGAACACCUCCAACCCUAGGCACAAGGUUGGUUUGUUUGACCUAGAGGUGAACUGUUUGACUAAAAUCCUGUUUGGAGCCCUGGUUGUGGUGUCACUGGUCAUGGUGGCGCUCCAGCACUUCGCCGGCCGUUGGUACCUGCAGAUCUUUCGCUUCCUGCUGCUCUUCUCCCACAUUGUGCCCAUCAGUUUGCGCGUAAAUCUGGAUAUGGGAAAGAUGGUUUUCAGUUGGAUGAUUAAGAAAGACUCAAAGAUCCCUGGGACAGUGGUGAGGGCAAGCACCAUACCUGAACAGCUCGGACGGAUCUCCUACCUGCUGACUGACAAAACGGGAACUCUUACCCAAAAUGAAAUGGUGUUCAGACGGCUCCAUCUUGGAACUGUGGCAUAUGGGAUGGACUCAAUGGAUGAAGUACAGAGCCAUGUGUUCAGUGCCUACACGCAGGUGUCGCUGGUGCAGUGGACUGAGAGCGUCGGCCUUACACUUGUAGGAAGAGACCAGUCAUCCAUGCAGCUGCGGACCCCUACUGGCCAAAUACUGAACUUCACCAUCCUUCAGAUAUUUCCCUUCACUUAUGAGAGCAAAAGGAUGGGGAUUAUAGUCAGAGAUGAAUCAACAGGAGAGAUCACUUUCUACAUGAAAGGUGCUGACGUGGUGAUGUCAGGCAUCGUCCAGUAUAACGACUGGCUGGAAGAGGAGUGUGGGAACAUGGCGAGGGAAGGUCUGAGAGUCCUCGUGGUUUCCAAAAAGUCGCUGACAGAGGAGCAGUAUCAGGAUUUUGAGGCGCGGUACGUGCAGGCCAAGCUCAGCGUCCAUGACCGCUCUCUGAAGGUGGCCACAGUGAUUGAGAGUCUUGAGAUGGAGAUGGAGUUGUUGUGUCUGACUGGGGUGGAGGAUCAGCUCCAGACUGAUGUCAGGCCCACUCUGGAGAUCCUCCGCAAUGCAGGCAUCAAGGUUUGGAUGCUGACUGGAGACAAGCUUGAAACGGCCACGUGCACUGCUAAGAACGCCCAUCUGAUCACCCGCAACCAGGACAUUCAUAUCUUCAGACCAGUGACAACACGAGGGGAAGCCCACCUGGAGCUCAACGCUUUCAGGAGAAAGCAUGACUGCGCUCUGGUGAUAUCGGGGGACUCGCUUGAGGUUUGUCUGAAGUAUUAUGAAUAUGAGUUCAUGGAGCUUGCGUGCCAGUGUCCCGCUGUGGUUUGGGAUGGAGGAAACGAUGUCAGCAUGAUCCAGGAAGCGGACUGUGGCGUGGGAGUGGAGGGGAAAGAAGGAAAGCAGGCCUCUUUGGCUGCCGACUUCUCGGUGACUCAGUUUAAACAUUUAGGCCGUCUCCUCAUGGUCCAUGGGCGGAACAGCUACAAAAGGUCUGCGGCCCUCAGCCAGUUUGUCAUCCACAGGAGCCUGUGCAUCAGCACCAUGCAGGCAGUUUUCUCCUCUGUUUUCUACUUUGCUUCAGUCCCACUCUACCAAGGAUUCCUGAUCAUUGGCUAUUCCACUAUCUACACCAUGUUCCCUGUCUUCUCCCUGGUGUUGGACAAAGAUGUUAAGUCAGAGGUUGCCAUGCUAUACCCAGAGUUGUAUAAGGAUCUUUUGAAGGGUCGACCACUGUCUUUCAAGACGUUCCUAAUAUGGGUUUUAAUAAGUAUAUAUCAAGGGAGCAUCAUCAUGUAUGGAGCAAUGCUGCUCUUCGAGUCCGAAUUUGUCCAUAUCGUUGCCAUUUCGUUCACCUCUCUUAUCCUGACUGAGCUACUGAUGGUGGCCCUGACCAUUCAGACAUGGCACUGGCUCAUGAUAGUUGCCGAGCUCCUGAGCCUGGCGUCUUAUAUCGCCUCGCUCGUCUUCCUGCACGAGUUCAUCGAUAUUUAUUUCAUCACCACCGUAUCGUUCCUGUGGAAAGUGACCGUCAUCACGCUGGUGAGCUGUCUGCCCCUGUACAUCCUCAAGUACCUGCGCAGACGCUUCUCUCCACCCAAUUACUCCAAGCUGACCUCUUAAACCAAGGUCUCCUCCGAGAGGUCUCAGGAUUUGUUUUUUGUGGGAAAACACAAAGAUUUUCCUCCCUUUGAACUGCAAACCUGCACCUUGACCAGAGAAUCAAAUACAGAUAAACGCCCUUUAAUUUUCUCUGA